CAAAAGUAGAAUUCCGAUGAUAAUUUUAGAAUUCAUGUAAUCGAUAAGUCAUUUAUGCCACGUCGACAGACAGAAGAACAAUCAUGAAAACGUGGAUUAUUAUCGCACUGGUUUUGAGCACAUGUGUUGUUCAGGUAGACGGUGGAUUUUUGAAAAAAGUUUUCAAAAAUGUAGGAAAGGUUGCGGGUUCAAUAGUUACACCACUUCUUGGCAUUGAUAAGUUAGAGAAGCAAGCUGAACUUGGCAUACAUUCUGUUGAAUCGGGAAUAACAACUUUCAAUGGCAAACUUGCUAACAAGCUAAGAAAUUUAGAGACGUAUUUAAAAAAUGAACUUAUUCUCGAAGUUAAGAAAUUAGCAGACUCUGGAACUGAAAUGACAAGAAGUGCUCAGGAUAUAUCAAAUAGUACACAGGAGGUUGUUGACGGUGUGAUUAAUAAUUUGAUUCCAGAAACUGUUGAAACCAUGGAAACCGCUCAGGAUAUGAUGAAAACAGUAUCGGACAAUGUUAAUAAAGUUGGAAAUGCAGGUGUUAGCGUACUGGACAAUGUUUCUGAAGUUGUGAUUUCUGAAGCCGCAAUGCAAUAUUUCCGUUGGAUGAUGGUAAAAUUUGUUAACAGCAGAGCUGCAUUACCGGUACUGGUACUGGUACUGCAGUACGUACUGCUGUGAAUUUGCAAGUACUGGUACUGAUACUGAAUUACUCUUUUAAAACGUUGCUACUACUGAUACUGGUACUGCAUUUCUGUCUUAAAAGUGGUACUGCUACUGCAUUACAAGGCAGUACUUUGGUUUUGAUAAAAACGUCAUCA